UGAGUGCGUGCGUGCCUCAAGAAGUUUGCCAAACAGCAAGCAGCAGCAGCACCAUGCGCGACAAGCUGGUGCUCGUGGCGGUCGGUGCGUUUUGUGCGCUUGCCUGCCUCCAGGUGGCCAGGACGGACCUUAGUGAUUAUGAAAUCGACUACGAUUACGACGAGGGCUUCUGGAUUGGCCACGGGCUCGGAAGCCGCAAAGAGGGCGACGAAGUCCUGAAGGUGAUGCACAAAUCCGUCGGCCCGUUCGCCGAGCCGCAAAACGUCACCAUCGUGGAGAAGUUCGCCGCGGCCGACGGUGAAAGUAUUACGUUUACCCAGUUCAACUCAUCUAAGGUUCUCACAUACUUCCACGAAGUGGUGCUGGAUUUCAACCCGAAAAGCUUCUACAUUCGACUGAAGCUGUUCAACAUUUCUAGCCUGCGACUUCAGCGAACGGUGUAUGGAUUUCGAUCGAACGCAAUCAAACCGGAUGUGAGCUAG